AAGUCACAUACCCAUGAUGCAAUGCUAUCAAAAAACGCUUGUCCGCCAUUUUGAAAUGCCACGCGUGAUUGCUCUUGAAAUGCCACGCGUGAUUGCUCUCGUUAAGUAUGGAUAUCAGGGCAUUUCUGUCGUCAUCAAAAUCCUCUGAAUCAUCUCAAACAUCUACAACUUCCACUUCAAAGAGAGCAAUUGAUGAUUCUUCGACAUCUCAAUCUUCAUCGAAACGAAAGUUCGUACGGUCGUGGUUGAAAGACUUCACAUGGCUAACGUACGACUCAGAAGGAAACCGAAUGUUUUGCAAAUUUUGUAGAGACAAUCCAACUUGCAGUGACUCAUCCUCUACCUUCGUGUCUGGCAGUCAGAACUUUAAAAUAGAAUCUGUGAGAAGCCACGAAACUUCAACUGGUCAUACACGUUGUGUUGCGGCUGCUAAAGUUUCUGAGAAUCCACAGCUAGCUCCUUUACCACGCGCUCUGUUGUCAAUGUCAAAAGGGGUCUCUCAGAAGAUGGAAAGAUUGUUUGAUAUAGCUUAUUUUGUUGCAAAGAGGGAUAUGCCAUUUACAAGCUUUCCCCACCUGUGCAAACUUGAAAUGAAACACGGAGUUGAGCUUGGAAACACCUACAUUAAUGACAAAGCAUGCAAAACGUUUGUAACGGCUAUUGCAGGACAAUUAAAGCAUGAAAUUUCAAGCAAGCUUCAGUCAUCAAAGUUCAUAAGUGUAAUGGCAGACAGUGCAUGUGAUGUCGGAGUACGUGAGGUAGAAGAUGUUUAUGCAUGUCAUUUGGUUAAAGGUGAGAUAGAAAAUUCAUUUGUAGGGCUGAAGGCUUGUGAAAACAGCAAAGCACCUGGAAUCAAAGCAGCUGUGGAAACUGCUAUGACAGAGGUGUGUAGGGAUUGGAAAGAGAAGACAGUGGCCCUGGGAGCAGAUGGAGCAAAUGUUAUGCUUGGAGAAAUAAGUGGUGUUUAUGGCUUGCUUAAACAAGAAAUUCCUCACAUUAUUAAGGUACACUGCGUUGCACAUAGGUUGGAACUUUCAUUUGCAGACACCUUGUCAGAUGUUCCAGUUCUUAAAGAUGUCAAAGAAAUGCUUCAAGGUAUUUGGAAGCACUAUCAUUAUUCUGCAAAGGCAGUCCGUGAGCUUAAAGAACUAGCUGAGAGUAUGGAAGUGCGAGCAUAUAAGGCAAUCAAAGCAGACGGUACAAGGUGGGUACCACAUAUGCAAAGAGCACUGAAUAUUCUCUUGUCAAAGAACUUUCAAGUUUCCAACAUACCUCACAAGCAAGGGAUGCCAGUAACCAGAUGCAAGGAAGAGCUGUGAAUUACAGCAAAAAAUUGACAAGCUACAAGUUUGUUACCAUCAUGCAUCUGUUACUUGACAUCGUAGAUGCACUUUCCAAAGUGAGUCUUAGCUUCCAGGAGGAUGGAAAAACAAUCUCAAGAGUUCAAGAUAACUUAACUGCCCUUUUAGCAAAACUUGAAUCUUUCAAGGAAAAACCUGGUCAGCAACUAAACUCUUUCCUUACGGAAGUAGGGGAUGGCAACACAUUUAAGGGCAUAGAGCUUCAAAGGGAUGCAGACAGGCAGGCUAUUAAUGCUAUCCAGGCAUCUGCGGUGAAUGCUGCCAUGACAUUCAUCCAAGGGAGGUUUGAAGGGAUGGAAACAGAUCCAGUAUUGUCAGCAGCAGCUGUCUUGACAAACCACCGAGGUUGGCCAGUUUCAGACAGGUAUCGGCUGCUCUUACAUGGCGAAAAUGAAAUCCAGACACUACAUGGUCAUUUUCAGGUACCUCUAGAGCAGCACAACUUCAGUCUGCAUGACUGUCUUGAUGAAUGGAUGAGUCUGAAAUUCCAUGUACAGCGAGUUAGAGCAGAACUUGAACUCAGGCAAAGCGAAUUCUGGAAGAACAAAUUUAUGUUUUGCAAAGAUGAUUAUCCAAACCUGCUAAUUUUAGUGGAACUAUGUCUUGUAAUUCCUUGCCAGACUGCUUGCUGCGAGCGGGGGAACUCUUGCAUGAACAGAAUCAUGACUGACUGGAGGUCAACCUUGAAUGUUUCUACUAUUGAUGAGUUGAUGAGAAUAGCUAUCAGUGGACCUUCUCAUGAGGACUAUACUGCAGUUCUUGCAGUUGGGCGCUGGCUGGAGGAGUCAGAACGGAGCAGACGGCCUACAUUGAUGGACUGAUCAUUGCCUUCAAUGAUCAUUCCUACCAUUUGGGAACACUUAAUUAACUGUUUUAUAAUACUGAACACUACUAGGGUACUAGGCAUUUUAAAUGAGCAUCUGCUGUUUGCAGCUAGAAGCUUAAGUCACACAAAGAAGUAAUGUCUGCAGCAGUACAUGUACAGUUGGGUUUUAUUGUUGUCGAGGUAAUUGGAAUAACGAACAAGCAUGAACACGUACAAUGAAUUUUAUGUACAGUUGUAUAAUAAAUUGAUUACAGUUUGAUAGCAA